ACAGGCCUCCCAUUACUUUAGUGGCAUACUUCGUGGAUUCGUUGGCGAUUUGGUUUCGACGCGGGAGAUUUCAGAAUUGCCUGCACAUUUGAGACGGGCUUGUAUUGCCCAUGGUGGAAAACUUACUCCCUCAUAUGAAUAUAUUGCACGAAUGCGAAACUCUGCCUCGUCAUAACCUUUUUAACAUCUCAUUCAUCUGGGUCUACAUUGGAAACAAAGAUCCAACAAAGAUUACUGGCCUUCAUAGUCUUCUAGCCACAAUAUGAUUAGUUUUCUUUCUCUGCAAUGUCAAUAAUUAAUUAUCUUUAGGUGUAUAAUCCAAAGAAGAUUGGGGUUCCAAAUUCUAAUAAGAUUUUUAGGAGUUAAUUAAUGUCCAAAUCCAUGGAGUAGUAAUAUUGAGGUCGAAAUGGGUGCGCGGUCGAUAAUGGACGAGAACGAGAUGGCAAGGGUUGUGAAGAGGUUUGGAGAUGAACAGAGCACUCUGUUAGACCAGUACGAGAGGCUGACCUUCGAGGUGCAAUUGAACAGGGCGAUUUUGGGCAGGAGCUUUUCUGAUCGAACUUAUGGGGCCGCACCGCCGCGUGUGGCCGCGCCCCCGGCAGAGAAGGGGAAGCGCCCCCGUCCCUUUUCCGGUUUGCCUAAGGCGGUGAAGAGACUACUGCUGAAACCAUUCCUUGCCAAGAGGAAGAACAAGAAGGGUAGCAUCAUUGGUGGUGAUCAAAAGGAACCCACGUUAUGGAAGGCAUUCGGUAGUAGGUCACUCAGGUUCUGAUAAAAGGCGUUUUUAUUCUACUUCGGAAGUUCAAGCAAGAAACGCACCCUUAUUAGCUUCCUCCUCUUUUAUUUAUCAUUUUUUUUAGUAAACUUUCAGAAAUUAGUCCUCAAAACUAACUAAUUCUCGAAAUGGUAUUUGGUAGUUGAGAAUAAUCCUCAUUUCAAAUCCCUCCAACCGUUAAAAAUAAGUUAAUCCUUAUACU